AUGACUGUCCAGAAGGACGUCCAGAAGAUCGUCCGGAAUAUGUCCAGUCUAAUUAGUAUAAAUCCACCACGGAAAGUUUAUGCUAACCCUGAGGAUGUGGGGGAGGACAGUAUAAUUCUUCAGUGGGAAUCCCCACAGGAUAGCCAUGAGGUCUACAUUCAAAUCGAAACCAUACCAGAGAAAAGAGAAGUCAUGACUUUUUUUGUAAAGGAUGCUAAUAGAUUCAAGAUUGAUAAUUUAAUCCCUGGAAUGACUUAUGACAUUGGAAUGGCAACAAUGAUGAAUGGGAAUUUGAGUGAGCUGGUAACUAUUCAACAAACUCUAAAGCCCAAACCAGUACAAAUUGUUAUUCCUUAUGAAAGUUAUAGUACCUCUGUAAUCUUAUUUGUUCAAACACCUGAUAUUGGAGUGUUUGAUGGCAUACAGAUUGUAACUGAAGGAGGGCCAAAUGUUACCAGGCCUUUAAAACAUGACAGUAAAAUAACCGUUGACAACUUAACCCCAGGCACAGAAUACAAUUUCUUUGUUUCCAUCAUCAGUGGGACUAAAUUAAGCGAUGUAUAUUAUGUGCCUGCAGUAAAAACAUGUUUGGAGGCACCAUCAAUUAUCCAUGAGGGCAAAGUUACAGACUCUUCCAUAGAAAUUUUCUGGAAUCGAGCUGAUGGGAAUUUUCAGCAUUAUGAAAUCACAUGCAUAAACUGUGCUGACAUUUUCAUGGUUCAGAAGGUAGUGCAAGAAGCAGCAACAUUCUCUAACCUGGAGCCUGCUACCGUGUACACUUUUUCAAUUCGCACAGAGAAAGAAGGUUUUAAAGACAGCACUCCUAACAUAAAAGAAAUACAGACAGCCCCAAGUGCAGUUGAAUUUAUGAACCGUAGCAGAAACUCAAGUGCAGUAACUGUUAACUGGCCUUCACCCAGAAGUCUUCUGGAUGGGUACAUUAUUUCAAUAUCCAGUGAAAGGUUAACGAAAGAAGAAAUCCUGCCUUCCACAAAAAGAACAUUCACAUUUGAUAACCUUUCUCCAGGGACUGACUUUUCAGUUAGCAUUAUAACUACCAAGGGAUUAAAGAGGAGCCAUCCUAUUGGCCUCAUGGUUAGCACGUAUCCAGACCCACCAUCAGACCUGCUAAUUUUUGGGCAGGAAGAAAACACAAUAUAUUUGUCUUGGAAAUUCCCACAAGGAGGCUUCGAAAAGUUUCAGGUAAAGAACAGUGCUGCUGUCAUAAAAUCUUGA